AAGCGUCAAACAUGGCGGACUCAUUCUUGGUCGCAGACGAUGGCGGACAGUUGGAAUUAACUUUGUAAAGGUGACCUCCCACGGAGGUUUUACUCUUUUCUUCUAUUCUGUAACAAAAUCGUCUCCUUUAUGGCUAGGGACCUAACACAUCAAGGAUGAGCAGUCCCAUUAGUAAGUAUAAUAUUGUUAUGGCGCACGCAGACCUGCCCGGCAACCCUGGUAGGAAAAUCUUGAGACUCAUGGGAAAAAAAUUCUACAAGUAGUGAGAUUCUAUUUUUCCCGAUCAGGAUUAAAGGAACCCUUUUUCUGUUGGGGGGAAUUAACUGUUUAUUUAAAUAUUACCCUGCUUUAGUGGGGUCCUUCUUGCAAAAAAAGUUAUUUAGAUUCCGCUUUUCUUGGAUGACUCUAUCACAGGAGAAUAACGCUCAGCAAAGAGUCGUUUCUUCCGGAUAACCCAACUUCAUGGCUAAAAUGUUAGGCAAGGUCCCAUCAAUAAACAGGCACUAGCAUUCCCCGCGAAAUUUCAACAAGGUAAUUAACAUUUCAUUUCAGAAUGAUAUUUCUCAAAAACUGUGAGACUGGGAGUCUUGUCGUGAGGCCGUGAGAAAAGUUAAAAAUCGUGAGACUAACAGCAGAAUCAUGAGAGUUGGCAGGUCUUUGCACUGCACAUGUACACAUACUUUAGCUAAUACUUGAGGAAUGUUUGGGUAGGGAUGUGCUGCUGGGACUCUGGAACCCUUUAUAACCUAUACCAGACUUUCCUGAUUUAGCUGAAUUUUGCUAUCCUAAACUAGAGUAAACUCUUUAAAUCUCUCCAUAUCCUAUAGCCUGCGAAAACAACCGUUUCUCCUCGCUCUUCGCUGCUGUGGACUUUUCGUGCGGACGACCUUUCUCGACAUAGCUGUAUACUGUAUCACAUAUAGGGUAGUACUUCUCCCAGCCAGGACUCAACCAUCCUCCACCCAAAGGCGCAGUUUCAAAAAUAAUGUUAAUUCAAGUACUUUUUAUUAAUAAUUUGAAACAUAGUAAAUCACUGUUGACUCAUUCAAAAAUGCAUAAAAUGGAUAAAUGCAUAAUUUGUGACAAUAGUCAUGAAAUAUAUAGAUGAGCUAUGUUUAGUUAAUUAAUAUGUUGAAGAACUAAGAAGUUAAAUCACUAAGUGGCUCUGGUCUAGUGUGUUUCAAGUGACAGGUGACUAGUCCAUUGACCAAGACCCCAGUGGGGCUCCCAUAUGCAUGGGUUGGCUGUGAUGUUCAUCACCUCACUUAACCGUGUUUUAAAUUUCAGAUUUUGGUCUCACUAAAGUUGGGGUGCCAUUAUUUUCUAAUACAGGUAUCCCUUACGGGUGCAUAAAAAAAACAAAAACAAAACAGACAAGCAAACAAACAAACUUUAUCAUACUUUGCAGUAAAAAGCACCAUGGCUCUAUCCCAGGGGAGUACUCUGGAUUUCACAUGAUUGGGAUGAUCGAAGGACUUUUUUUGAAGACAAUGAAUACAUGGUCGUUAAAAUAAUUUCAGUGUUUUGGACUGCAGUGUACUUUUUUUGACUUGUCAGGCACUCAAAGCAUGGUUCAAGUUAUCAAGGGUAAAUUUACAUGUAUAUAGAAAUGAUCUGAAGGGAAACAAAAAUUACUUCAAGUAAGUGGGAGGAUCGAGAUGGAGUUACCAAGGGUAAAAUUACAGUGGAACCUCAAUUUAAUGAAGUGCCAAGGGACUGGGGUAAUUUGUUCGCUAAAUUGAGGGCUCGUUAUAUUGAACUGCUCCAUUUAACGAAUUUUCGGGACAACUAUCAAAAUGUUUGUUAUAUUGAGGUGUAGUUAAUAAUUAAUUUACAAAACCCAGCAUUUCCGGAUCUGAAAAAUUACUGUAAUAACAUUUCAGUACCAAGCUUUAGUCACAGCUACGGCACUAGAAACUCAAGAACACGCCAACUGUUUAAAACUACUGUACAGUCACAUAAAUUUUAUCCUUGUUGGUAUGUUUGGCAUUCAUCUUUUAUCACAUGCUGACAUUUAUUUUUUAUAUCCAGGUAAACUUUACGUUUGUGCUUGUGGAUUGUGCUCGUUAUAACAAGGAUUUUGUUAACUCGAGGUUCGUUAAAUCGAGAGAUAAGAUUGCUUUAGGAAACUGCUUGAUAUCUCAUACAAAACACAACAUCAUAAACAUGGCAGUGACAGAGACAGAAUCAGACAAGCCAAUGGGCCCAGUAUGAGUUAAGAACAGAAUUCGCUAGCCUGAGAGCAAAAUCCACUAGCCCCAGGCUAUCAGACACUACUCUCUUUGCACUCUGCAACUUGCCUCAGUGGUACCAAUUUUUGAUAUAUUUUUUAGGUAAUGCAUUUUGGCUUUUCUUCGUGUCAUUAUUGUGGGGCUCCACAAAUCCACUCAUCAGAAAAGGAAGCAAGGGAAUUGAGGAAAUUCACAGGUCAAGUCGUAUCCAACAAUUUUUUGCAGAAGUCAUCUUCCUUGCAUCUAACUGGAAGGUAUUGUGAAGUUUUGUACAAGAGUAUGUGCUGUUGUUUGUCCUGGCCUGGCCAAGGGGCCCAUGGUGCAUAACAAGCCAGGGAAUUUAUUAUUGGAAAACUUGAUUCAGUUUAUUUGUUGAUUCAAUAAACCACUGUGGAAUUUAAUAAUAUAAUAAAAAAUUAAUACUCAAAUUCAAUAAUUGAACAUUGGGCACAUUAAUGCCAAGCUUUUACUGUAUUUUUCUGGCAUACCAGUUAUCUUUUGAAGUCUGGUAUACUCAUAGUAUGCCAUGAUGUGGGCCUGGCCACCAGGCAGUGUUCACUUAGCAUACAGUGUGUGAAGCCAAAACUAUCUUUAUGUCUAAGAAAACUUUUGAUUAUAAAAUAGCUUUGACAUUUUUGUAUGGAGAGAAAAUCGUUUAAAACUGUCUAUAGUUGUAGAUAUGCAGUUUAAAAUUAAUUGAUGACAACUUGCUCAUUAAUUUUUAUUAAUUUUUAUGCUUGUGGAUUAAAAGGGGCUGUAGGCUGUUUGCGCAGUAUCAGCCACUUUACUUAGUUUCAGUUCUUGUUCAUAAAAUGCAUCUCUUGUUAUUUCUUAUUUCUUUUUUAGUACAUAGUUCCUUUCCUGUUGAACCAAUGUGGGUCAGUUGUUUUCUACUUGACACUUGCAUCAGUAGGUAAAUAAUUAUGUUGAAACCCUUUUUCUCAGCCUUGAUUAAAGAUAUUGUUACUUGUGGAUGCAAAAACAAUUCUUUUAUUUGAUGUCCUUACAGACCUGUCUAUUGCUGUCCCCAUUACCAAUUCUUUGACUAUGCUCAUAACUACACUGGCAGGACAGGCUUUAGGAGAAGGAAGAAUUAAUGCAGGUAAUUAUAGUUCUGCUUAAGUCAUUACAUAUACCAACCAUGGGUGGGACGGGGUUGGGGCAAGGAGUAUGGGUAAUCUACAUAAGCUAUACAUAUGUGUUUGUGUGUGCAUAAAUCAUUUUUGUAAAGGGUCCUGUUUUUGGAACAGAUUUUUGUGGACAAGGUGUAGAAAAUUGGGGAGUUAAACUAUCUAAGUGGAAAGUGUAGAUUGCAAGCAGUCUCUUAUUUGUCUUUUGACUUUUGAGACACAGUAGAUCAAGGGCAUGUGUGAGGUGUGUGAGCGGUGAUUGGCAAAGCCAUGAGGACCAAGGGAAGAAGCGGCCUUCAGGAGUGAAGAAAAAAGUUUUCCUCUCUCUGUCCCAAUCCCUUCUCCUGUUUAAGGAUGACCACCACAGUCUAGUGGAAAAUUAUAGGUAGUUUUGAAGAAAUAAGUCCAGAAUACUACUUCAAACAUAGGGUGGGCCUCUUUUGGCUUAUAUUGUAGAAAUACUAAGUAAAAUACAGCUGUAUUUUAUAGAACACCGACUCUCAAACAUUGUAAAGGGUAGCACUGACUGACUUAAAUUUAUUGAGAUUUAUGGAAAAUAAUUAUGUGUUUUGAAUCACAAUAGGGACAUUUCUUGGGAUGAUCCUAGUGAUAGCUGGUGUCACCAUCUGUGUUGUGGAUAAAACUCCAUGA